CUUUGGCAACAAGUGGGCGUUCAGUUCCUCUCCCCCUCCCUCCCUCCCUUCCCUCCCUUCCCUCCCUCCGAGGGUCAGCGUGGGCGGCCCCGUGUGGCAGGAGGAGAGCGAAACACGACACCCCGACAGAGGAAGGGGGGUUGAGAGAACGCGAAAGGCGCCGCCGUUUUGCCUGUCGGUGAGGACGAUGAUGUGGAGGAGGAAUCGACCAUGCGACAUCGUUGCAACAAACGGGAUGAACAGUUAGAUUCGUCGCAUUCCGUUGCUUCAGGACCGACCAACGGUAGCACGACUCCUCCAAACUUCGUCCUGCGCCAUUCAGACCCGGGCGACUGGAUCCCCCCCCCACCCCAGAGACUCGGGGCAACUUUUCGCAUCAGAAGCCCCGUAUUCAUAAACAAAUAUUCCGGCAUAAAAGUUUUUGAACAAACGCUGGUGUGUUGAGACAGAAGGCAUAAGCUCAUGUGAAGUUAGCGGGGUGUUUUUGAACUAAAAGCCGAGCUCAUAAUCGGGGCAGGUUCCCUCUGACGAACCUCUUGUGAGAACAACACCGGAGGAAGGAGUGGGGUGUCACUGCUAACUUCGCUAGCUAACUGGGCUAAAAGCUAGCUAACUAAAGUCUAGAGUUACCCUCGACGGGGAAAGUGACUGAAGCGGCACGCCGAAGCCUACAACAAAGAUGAAAACCCCGGGAGAAUCGGGGUUCGCCUUCCCAGAAUGGGCCUACAAGCCUGAGUCAAGCCCAGGCUCCAGACAGAUCCAGCUGUGGCACUUCAUCCUGGAGCUGCUGAGGAAAGAGGAGUACCACGACGUCAUCGCUUGGCAGGGAGACUAUGGAGAGUUUGUCAUCAAGGACCCGGACGAGGUGGCCCGUCUGUGGGGGGCCAGGAAGUGUAAACCACAGAUGAACUAUGACAAGCUCAGCCGGGCGCUAAGAUACUACUACAACAAAAGGAUCCUCCACAAAACCAAAGGGAAGAGGUUCACCUACAAGUUCAACUUCAACAAACUAGUGCUGGUCAACUACCCCUUCAUCGACAUGGGCUCCGGUCGAGGGGUUCCUCAAAGUGCUCCGCCUGUGCCAAGCGGAGGCACCCACUUCCGUUUCCCCCCCUCCACGCCGUCAGAAGUUCUGUCAUCCAGCGAGGAGCUGCGCAGCCCAGGCAUGUUCAGCACCGUGGCUCGCCGCAUGGCCCGCGGCUCUGUGAGCGACUGCAGCGACGGCACCUCCACCAACUCGGAGCUGGAGGAGGCCGCGGGGUCUGAUGAACGAGGCGUGGGGCCUGAGAGGGCCUUCAGAGGCCUGCUUCCUCCCCGCAUGCCUCAUGAGUCUCUCUUCAGGGUCUAUGCCGGUGGCCCAAACCCAGCAGGUCUUGCCAGACCUGCCCCCAGGGUCCACCCAGAGCCUCUGUCUCCAUUUCCUGUGUCACCCCUGCCGGGCCCCGGCAGCCUGCUGGCGCCAACUCUGUCCCCAGCUUUGUCCAUGACCCCCACCCCCCACCUGUCUUACACCCCCUCUCCUUCUCUGUCCUCUCCCAUGAUGGGCUCCCACUUCUCCUUCAACCCGGAGGACAUGAAGCACUACCUGCAGGCCCACACCCAGUCUGUCUACAACUACCACCUCAGCCCCCGAGCCUUCCUCCACUACCCCAACAUCGUGAUCCCUCAGCCCCACCGCCCCACCCUGGAGAAGCCGGCCGCCCAUCACCUCCACGGCCCACCCCUGUCACUCGCUCACUCGCUCAGGGAGCAGCAAGGAGCCGGUGAGGAGCAGCAGCAUCCAUCACCGUUCAAGUUCAAGCUGCAGCCGCCUCCACUUGGGCGCAAACAGAGAGAAGCAGGGAGCUCAUUGGCUGCUUCCUCUUCCUCCAGCCAGUCCUCCUCAUUCACUGGAUCUGGUCAGAUAACCAACACGGGGCCUCCCAAGAUCAAGGUGGAGCCCAUAUCAGACAUUGAGUCAGAAGAAGAGGUGGAGGUGACUGAUAUUAGUGAGGAAGAUGAGCUCAAUCACAAUGAAGAGGAUGAUGAAGGUGACAUCUUCACCCCAACAGCUGGUCACCAUCACCAUCAGUUCAACAACCAUCACCGAGCUAAUGGAAAUGGGAGCAGCCUUUCCGCCCCUCCACACAGUAACGCUGAAGAUGAUCCUGACGAUGAUGAGGAGGUCUUCAAGACUCCCGCCACUCCUCCCAUUGGCGGCAGCGGCAGCCUGGCCUUCCCUCUGAUUGGCCUGAAGAGCGAUCCUGGUCAGGCAGCUCCCAUCAGCCCCGGAGGUACGCGCUGCAUCCCACUCAAACUCCGCUUCAAACGCCGCUGGAGCGAAGACCAGAAGAUGGAGGCGGACGGAGAGAGGGAUGAGGCGGAGGACAAGAAAGUGAGGGCUGAGGGAGAGGAGGAGGUAGAGGGGAAGAGGGAGGAGGCAGGCAGGAGGGUGGGGGAGGUGGAGAACGGGGGAGGAAGAGCAGGAGGAGGUGUUAUGUUGGGGUUGAUGCUGCCACCGCCUCCCACCCAACGCAGAGCGAGCUCAGAGCUGCAGAGGGCUACAGCACAGCUGUCUCUGGAAAACACUGGCUGCUGAGCUUCAUGUAGAUGCACAGACAGACACACAGACAGACAGAGGAUGUUAGAAAGAAAACACACACCUCUCUGAGUCUAGUCAACAAACGUAAUAGUUGGAUGUAGACCAUAAUAUCUCGCAGCAGGUUUUGGCUUUGACACAGGAGUGUGCUUAACCAGAGACGGUGACCUGAAAGCCGAUCACUUUGAUGUUCUUCUUCAUUUUAUCUCUGACUAUGUACAUGCGCCAUAUGUAGGAAAUUCUGUUUUCUGUGCAAUAAUCCGAGGAGUUGUCGGGCACUUUUUACUGACCUCACAGCCCCACAGACUCCUUACAUUACUUAACAUAAAACAAAAUAUUUUCCCUAUAUAUGUCACAUCUACGUGUUCACGCCGUAGUAACAAACAAGAUGGAUGUUUUGCCUCUCAGGUUUUGUCACCGUUUCCGGAGUACACCUUUUCCUUCGCACCCUCCCGUGGCAAUUUACUAUCAGCAAGCGGCCACUAGACAUUAUGGCCUACAUUAAAGCAUAGAACAUAGAUGUGCUUGUGUAGCCUCUAAUGCACUGCAAGGCAAGACCCCCUUGUGCACCCUGUCAAACCCACAGCAGACAAAGUAUCUGUGCUGUCGGGUCUGUAUACUGAUGUCUGUCUUAUUUUUAACAUUAGAGCCCUGCAGAGAGGGAGUCUACUCUUAAUAUCUCUUAGGAAUUGCACAUUGCCUUUUCAAUGCCUCCUCGCCCUCGUGGCGGUGCCAGUUAUGCCAUAAAGUCUGCCAGGGAUCACCUCACAUCACACCUGUGCCCAGAAUAUGUCUUUAAUUAGUCUAUUUGUCUGUCUGGGACAGUGAAAACGAGUUGCAUUCAUCUUAAAGAGUACCGAGGCAGCCUGAAUUGUACAGCAGUAGACUGAAUGAAUUUCUCGCCCACAUCUGGCUCACUCGAAGGUGCUGAGCCCUCCUCCAUGCUUCUUUUUCCUCAUUUGUACUCACCAUAACAGACAGACAGAUCCUAAUGUUGCUUAAAAAAGCCACCUUUAACAGCCCUGAUAGAGAUUACAGAAGUGCCUCUCUGUCUGCAACCAUCACCAUCCAGUCGUUUACAAGAUGGAGGGCAGUGGGCAAAAAAAAAAAAAAAGUAAAGACCUGAGAUGGAUCUCAACAGACUGAAGAGGGAUAUUUUUUUCUUUUCAAGCGGUGAUUAGAAAGAACUCUCCAAUCACCGUCUUUUCUACAGGAAACAACUCAGACACUAUCAGGCCGCGACAGGGCCGGACCGAGAGCUCUCGUCGCCCUCGGCUCGUUCGCCGCGGCGUGUAAAAUCACAAAAGGACAGCCGAACUAAGCCUGAGUCGGAGAGGAAGAUUUUAAUGAACUGACUUUGACCUCUCCGCUCCUGACCCAUCGCACGGCAUCAUUAGACGCUCGCUUGCCAGCGAAUGGACGCAGUUUCCACUGUACAGAAAAACCACCUGUGAGGUCUGUGAGGAAAGCGCCGGAUCUUUCACUCCUUUUCUCUUCUGCCGUUGAGGAAAUGAGAAAGCAGCUACCAGCCGGGCGGUAAUAAUGGACUUGUUUCAGAAUGUGUGCGUGGACCCAAAGCUGGCGUGUAAAAAGACAACAAAAAGGACACAGUGGGUGUCUCAGCUUUUCAUGUCCCUGCUUGACUUCACACAGUGUUUGAGGAGUAUUGAGGGCAUGCGUGGUGUUCUCUCCCUCAAACACUCAAAUCAGCAGCUCUCUUCUGCAUUCCCCCUGUUUUUGUUUUUUUAAUUUCUUUUAAAGACUGUGUUUUUUCCGGCAAAGGAUGCUUAUGCCUCGUAAUGACAUGGACAGUAUUUUAGGGCAUUUGCAGUGAUCCGAGGACUUUGGAGAUGGUAACGGAAUCUGUUCACGCGAUGUUUUGAGAAGCGACGAUUCGAGGCGAGCCGAUUUGUCCAGGGGAGAACGGGAACCAUGAAAUGAAUGUCGAGCAUCAAGGUUAACUCAGGCAAAACCUUCACUGAGACAAGUUGAGAAAACAGCUUAUUUUUGUGACAUUUUAUUCAUGUAGUUUAAAAGUUAAAAAAAAAAAAAAAAAGAUAUUUUGCCCAUUUUAACGAACAAACGGAAAUAAGAUUGUGCCUUUUUCGAGCCACUACGAGUUUUAUCAAGUACCCCCAGCAAAAUGUUUUAUCACGCUCACACAGUACCACCAUGCCUUCUGUUUUUGUAAAAGAGAGAUACUGAAUAAGUAAAUCUACACAUAUAUUUUAUUCAAAUAUAUAUUGAAUUCAAAUAUUAUAUUUCAAUAUGGUCAUUUGAUACAAAUCAGGAAAAUCCUACUAUUUUUAAUGGUAAAGAUGUGUAUAUAUUCUAAUGGGCAUAUUAUCUCCAGUAUAAUUCAGCCUUUGCCUUCUCACCCUUGCCUUCUCUUGACCGUUGAGCUGCAGUGACAAAGGCCACCAGUAUCAGAGUUUUAUAUUUAUAUUGUAAAAAUGGAAAACACAGUUAUUGUUUAUUCAGGGGGGCGUGACGGGACAAGGAUAAAUGAGUGGGCAGGGACUUUUAAUCAGACCCGGGUCAGAUCAUAUUUACGGUGUUAGUGGGCGUGUUUAUUUUAACCACCCUGGAGUAGCGGCCAGGCGGGGUUCACCUCCUCAGGACGGAGUCGAGCCCAGUCGUGGCCGUUUUGGCUCAGCCCACUUCGUCCUGCAUGGUAAAACCCCCACCCGCCCACAGCUGUUUGACCCCGACCUGCUUAAAAACCGCAGAGACGCAGAUUGUGACGAGGAGCUGGCGAAGUCCUCGUGUGUUCACAGCAGACUGAUUCUGAUUGGACAACACUGGCGGCAGGUUUUCAGCUCUGCGUUGGCUCGCAAAGGCAGCAGCAGCACUGCAGCUAGCUGAUAUGACUGGACUUUGCUUUGAGCGUGGACUGUGGACUCAAGCAGCUUUGUGUGAACAUGGUGUGUAUGGGCUGGUCUGAACCCUGCCCAUACACACACACACACACACACACGCACACACACAUCCUGGUUAGAGUGAGGCUUUACUGUGGCUAGAAUAAAGGGAAACAUGACAUCACACGUGACAUCAGACGCCCCCACAGUCUCUCUGGAGCGUUUGGCAAACCAGAGAAACUACACACACACACACACACACACACACACACACACAGAGGAAAUGGCAUCAGAAAACCUCAGAGCACUGUGGAGCGAGAGGGACUUCCCAUAAUCUGACUCGCUGUCUACGUGCACUAGUGUGUGUGUGUGUGUGUGGUGGUGGUGGGGGGGUGGGGGUCUGUGGUUAUGACACACACACACACACACACACACACACACAACUGUUCAACACAGGUUAGAAAAGACUGUCAGAUAAACUCACGGGUCAUUUAGUCCCUGGUUUCUUGUCCAGAUUGUCCAACCAGCUGUGGUCUCGUGUGUGUAUCUUAAACACACAUUUGGUCAUUUCGAAAUAGUUUAUUUUUCUUCACCAGGCACAGAAAACCUCUUACUUCCAUCCUUCGAAGUCUCGCAUGAACAUUUAGCAUUCCUCUUUUUUUUCUUUUCUUUUUUUUGUUUUUUAUUAAAGAAAGGGUCAAAGGGCCCCGUCAGUGGAAAGUGCCAGCAAAACCAUUUGGGGGGUUUCUGAAGGACAGAUGUUGGGGGUUCACGUGCGUCUGGUAAAGAAAACACGAAACGCGGAGCUGCAGCUGAACUGUUGCACCUGUGCUGCCUUACCUGUCGUGGCUUCAAAGAAACAUAACACAAGAGAACAACAGUUUCCCUGCUGGGUUGACAUGUUUCCUCCCAUCAAGUUCGUCUGUGUUGUUCUCAUCAUUUUCUUCUGUAUUUCUUCAGACAUAUUACUGUUACUCUUGUAAUUAUUAUAUUAUUAACAAGGCUAUUUUUGAUGAUUUUGUACCCUCUUGCCAUGGCCCCCGGUCUCCUCCUGGUUUUUCUGUGAGUUUUUGUUCCAGUUUGCGCUCUUUUCCAUGAACGUUAACUAGUUGGCUUCAGUGCAGUCUUUUUCCUCCUUUUGUCCCCCCCCCCCCACUCACACUGAUUUUAAAACCACGUUACCAUGGACAACAGGAGGGUCACAUAGUCCCCAUAUGAUAUACAGCAGGGGAAGAAACAAUUAUUUUCAUUUUUUUGAUGUUGUGUAUAUAUAUUUUUUCCAUUUUGGAGGAUUCUGUAAGAAAAAGAGCUUUGUACUGUUUAACCAUUGUAUUAUUUGAAAUGCCUCCUCCUGUCUUCUCUCUCUGGUCGCCUCCGUCUCUCCUCUCAUGUCCCCCCCCUCGACGGCGAGCGGACACUCGAGAGGAGGGACGGAGUCUCGUUUUUAUCAUGGAGGACCCACUUGUACUUCUGUUUCUCUUCUCUCUGUUCAUCUUCAUUUGUAAUUAAACAAUAAUCAGGGUUCAUUAAAAAAAGGUAAAAAUGGA